UCAGUCUCCAGCUGCGGCCGCAGACAGCCAGGACCUUCAUCCGCGCGCUGCUUCUGACACACAAGCAUUCGGAUUAUUAACACGGGAUUGGACCGAACCGAGCCGAGCCGAGCCGAGCCGAGCCGAACUGAACCGGAACGAACCGACCUGGACCGGAACCGGCCGAUCAGAGCCGAACUGAACCGAGCUGAACCGGACCGAACAUUCAUCCUCAGGGACGGACGUCCUCAUCAUCUGCUCCUACAGAAAGCAGAUGCUCGGGUCAGGGUGCUGCAGGAGGAUCCGGGGUCACUGAUGGAGGUCUAAGUCUGAGCCCGGCCAACAUGGUUCUGUCCAAACUUACAGUGUUUCUGUGGGUGCUGCUGUCGGCGGUAACCGGUUUCCAGUUAGAAGAUGGAGAUGGCCGACUGUGUGCUUUCACCAGCAGCCUGCAGGGGGCGGAGCCUGCUCUGGCCAAUGAGCUGCGAGGAGUGGUGCAGGAAAACGGCACGAUCCGCUGCAGCCAUGGAUCCCGCUGCUAUGGAUUGUGGGAAAGGAGAGCAGAUGGCGAAAUGCACCUGCUGAACCAAGGCUGCUGGCCGUACGUGGGAAACCAUCAGGAGUGUCGUAGCGAUCGCUGCGAGCUGCUGGCGGCCUCGCCCGCCCACAUGUGGAAGGCGAACUACCGCUUCUGCUGCUGUGCCCGUGACCUCUGCAACACCAACUUCACCGAGGCCCCGCCCACUCCGGACACGCCCCCCCUCAGGCUGAUGAAGACAGGCGGCCGAGAGGACGGCCACAUGGGCCGCCAGCUGACAACAGAGAAGACAGCACUCGUUGCCCUGGUAACCGUCGCCAUAGCAGCCAUUCUCAUCGUGGGACUGUUCCUGGGAUACAGCAUGAUGAAAAGAAAGCAUAAACACACUCUAUCUGCUCUGGAUGUUGUGGAGUCUGGAAACACCGAGUCUUCUAUGGACCUGGACCACCUGAAGCUACUGGAGCUGAUUGGCCGAGGCCGGUAUGGCGCCGUGUUUCGCGGCUCUCUCAACGAGCGCCGUGUUGCCGUCAAACUCUUCAGCUCAGCGAACCGGCAGAACUUUGCCAACGAGUGCUCCAUCUACUUCCUGCCGCUGCUGCGGCAGCACGAUAACAUCGCCCGCUUCCUGACGGCCGACGAGAGGACGACGAGCGACGGGCGGCCCGAGUUCCUCAUCCUGAUGGAGUUCUACCCUCAUGGUUGUCUGUCCCAGUACCUGUCCUCUCACACGGUGGACUGGAUGACGUGCUGCAGGAUGACUCACGGUGUGACUCGAGGACUGGCCUUCCUGCACACGGAGCUGCACAGAGGAGAGAUGUACAAACCGGCCGUGGCUCACAGGGACCUGACCAGCAGGAACGUCCUGGUGCGAGCCGACCUGUCCUGCGUCCUGGCAGACUUUGGUCUGUCCAUGAGGCUGACGGAGACCCGGCCCUGCCGGAACGGAGACGACGACACCAUGGCCAUAUCUGAGGUGGGGACGGUGCGCUACAUGUCGCCAGAGGUUCUGGGCGGAGCUCUGAACCUCCGAGACUGCGAGGCGGCGCUGAAGCAGGUGGACGUCUACGCUCUGGGUCUGCUGUACUGGGAGAGCUUCAGGAGGUGUUCUGACCUGUUCCCAGGUGAACCGGUUCCCGAGUACCAGCUGGCCUUCCAGGCUGAGCUGGGGAAUCAUCCCAGUUUCGAGGAGAUGCAGACGCUGGUGGUCAGAGAGAAGUUCAGACCCAGGUUCCCUGAAGCCUGGAAGGAGAACAGCCUGGCCAUUCGCUCCCUGAAGGAGACGAUGGAGGACUGCUGGGAUCAGGACGCAGAGGCUCGACUCACUGCUCAGUGUGCAGAGGAGCGACUGUUUGACCUCGCACUGAUGACUACACAAACUGCAGUACACAACCAAAGGAAUCUGUCACAUGGCCGCUGGCCGCCGCAGGCGAGCUCUGCGUCGUCCUUUAUUGAGGACUUUCAGGUGGGCGUGGUCAGAAAUCUCCAGGGCGACGCCCACCCAGCAGCCACCAUCAGAAUGGGGUCGAGCGGAGCCGAUGUCGCAGAGAAGAACAGGAACCAUGAGCGGCAGCAGAGUCGACUGUUCAGCUCCAACCUGCCGCCUCCGUCCACCCUCUGCACCAUCUCUGAGUGCCAACACACCGGUGGAGCUGUGCCUGGUGUUCCUGCCUGCCUGCAGUUGACUGAAGAAGACCUGGAGGCCACCAAGAUGGAGGCGGCGGAGGUGGAGAAGAACCUCAGGGAGAACUCUCACGAAGAUCUGAUGGAGCUCUCACAGAAACGCUUCGCCUCCGAGUCGCAGAGCUCCGCCCAGCUGCUGCUGCAGGAUGUCUUCAGCGGGGCAGAUAGCUCUAUCAGUGGGGCAGAUAACGCCAGCCACCCCCUCCCCAAGCAGCAGAACCUGCCCCAGAGACCCACCAGCCUCCACCUGCUGUCCAAAACCAACCACCGACAGGUGCAGACAGGUGUUGCGAAGAUGAACACGGUGGCGAUGGUCAUGGCUGCAGAGCCACAUCUGGUAACCACGGUUACCAACAACACAAACUCGAGAAGUGGAGCUUCCUCUGGGAAGGACGUCCAAAGCAUCAUGGUGGUCACCAGCAGAUAUAACGCCGGCGUUCCCACCCUGGUGACCAAUGAGGCGAUCGGCGGAGGUCGAUCGAACCCGGCGGGACCACGGGAGGAGGAGGAGGAGGAGGAGGAGGAGGUGCAGGAGGAGGCGAAGGGGGAAAUGAUGGAGGGAAGAGAUGAUGGACAUUUCAAUCUGCUAAACUUCAGUCCAGAUGAACACGAACCCCUGUUGAGGAGAGAACAGCCGCCCGCAGAGGACGAAGCGCCUCCUCCUCUCCACCACCAGAACCAAGUCCAAAGCGUCCUGCAGGGGCGAGGCUCCAACUCCAACAACAACAACAACCGGCUCAACAGGCCACCAGAGGGCGCCGUCACAGGCCCACAGAAGCUUUCUGAGCUCCAACAGCUGGGAGGUCCACCCACCAGCAGGCUUCCUGCCACCGCUCCAGGUUCAGGUCUGGAUAGUGGUCCAGUUUUAGGUCCAGGUCACCAAGAAGAUGCAGAAAUGACCACCAGACCAAAUCCAACAGGCCACCUGGUCCCAGAAUGCACAGGUCCAGAUUCUGGUUCAUGCAAAGUUGAAGUACCAGAUCUUCAGGCUCCUAAAGCUCCAACCUCAUCUUCGGAAAUCAUUACUGCAGACACAGCAAUGCCCAUUCAGACACCUACAUCAGGUCCAGAUCCAGAAGCUUCAGAUCCAGAACCUCCUUCUUCAGAUCCAAAGCCUCCAACUUCAGAUCUAGAACCUCCAUCCUCAGAUCCUGAACCUCCAGCCCCAAAUCCAGAAGCUUCAAAUCCUGAACCUCAAACUUCAGAUCCAGAACUUCAAGCUUCAGACCCAGAAGCUGCUGUUCCAGAUGAUCCUGCAUCACAACCUCCUUCAGAGUCCGGAGGAGGUUCGGGGACCUCUGAUCUUUCAUACUCAGAACCACUAUCACCCAAGGUCUUGCAGAUCCGGGAAAAACCGAACAAAGUCCGGAGGCCGGAGCGACCCUGCUCCCUGGACUUGUCAUCCUCCUGCACCUCCUCAGAUUUUGAUCCACUGUCUGAUGCUGGCAGUCUGAGCGCCUCCGGAGAGAAGAUAAAGCGCCGCGUCAAGACUCCGUAUACCCUGAAGAAAUGGCGUCCGGCCUCGUGGGUUGUUUCCACAGAUGGUGCUCCUGAUCCGGACUUCGAUUUCACUUCCAGUAGCAACAGACAGACCCACGUCUCCUCCGGCCUGGUCAGAGCUGGAAACAUCGGCUUCCCCAAAAUCAACCAGUCCAAGUCUAGCAUGGCGGUGUUUUUGGUCGGGGGCGGAGCCACGGCAACCACGACCUCAGAGCCAGACGGGGUGACGAGCUUUUGAAGUCUGAUUGACAGUUUGUUUUCUGAAGAGCUGAUUGGCUUCUCACUUCUUUGUCUUCCUUCUGUUGUCUUGUAGAAAAGUGGACUUGAGAAAAGCUUUCUGAACUCACACUGAGUGAAGGACCGAUGGCGAAGACGUCACCGUCAGGUUUCUGUUGGUGUCUGAAUGUUUCUGAUAGACCCCUGAUAGAAGAUUUGUCGCUCCUGUCCUGCCUGAGCAGAUCAAGUGUUGGUGCGUCUUUUAGUGCAGGUGGUGAGGUGGGGUGUCCUCAGGUGGUCUCAUGAAGGAAGGACGUCCAGGGUUUGGACUUGACUGACAUGAAGCCUGGAUUCUGUGAGGCUGGACGGUCCCUUUGCAGCAGAAGAUUGUUGUCUCUGCUCUCCUGGUUUCUGCACAGUUUGGUUUUCAGGUCUGAAUGGGUCCCAUUAGUUGGUCCAGUCUCUGGUGGGCUCUGAUGGUGUCUGGUCUAUGAGGUCUAUGAUGAUCUGUUGUAGUUUUUGGCUUUCUUUGGUUGUGUCUGGUGAUCACUGGUGAUCUCUGACAGUCUGUCAAUCUCCAGCCAACUUGGAAAGUGUUUGAUGAGCUCUGGUGGUCUCUGACAGGCUCUGGCGGUCUCUGUCAGUGUUUAACCAUCUCUGGUGGUCUCUCAAGGUUUAUAAUAUUUUUGGUGGUCUGUGGCAGUCAUAGGUGGUCUUAGUGGUCUCUUGUGAUCUCUGAUCAUCUUUGGCAAUUUCUGGUUGUCUCUGCAAGUCUCCUGGGGUCUCUGGCUAUCUCUAGCCAUGUCUGACUAUCUCUGGUCAUCUCUGGUUGUCUCUGGCAGUCUCUGAUGGUUUCUGGAGGUCUCCAGCCAUCUCUGGAGGUCUCUGGCAGUCUCGAGCCCUCUCUAGCCAUCUCACGGUCUCUGGCGGUGUCUCGCAGUCUCUAGCCAUCUGUGGCCGUCUCUGGUGGUGUCUGGCAGUCUUGAGCCAUCUCAAGUCAUCUCUAGCCAACUCCUGUUGGUCCCUGGCGGUCUUUGACAGUCUCUAACCAUCCCUAGCUAUCUCUAGAGGUCUCUGGUCAUCUUUGGCAGUCUCGAGCCAUCUCUAGCCAUCUCUGGUGGUCUCUGGCAGUCUCUAGCUGUCUCUGGAGGUCUCUGGUAAUCUUUUAUGGUCUUUGGUAUUCCCUCCUCUUUGAAGGGUUUUUACAAACUAAUUUCAGCUCAUGUACAGCUCAGUUUGUCCUGGACCAGUAAGUUGAAUCGUUCUGAAGUUUGAUAGUUUCCUUUUGUUUAAAAUGUUCUGACAUGAUUCACUUUUCACUAAAUGUUUGAUGGAACUGAAAUAUAAUUGGAAAGAACGAUCCAAAGCCCGACCUGCUGCUUUGAAGCUAAUGCUAAUGGGUUAGCAGUGAGGUAGCUGAUGGCUGGGACCUCUGCUCUCUCUGAGCAGUCCCCCCAGUGGACCGGGGGUCGGAGGACUGUUUGUUUUGAGUUUACAGUCAAUGUUUGUGAGACUCUUGGUGACGUUGCGAGGUGACCCUGCUCAUCUGCCGUCCGGUUUGAAGACUGCCCUGGUUUGAAGACCUGGAUCCUGCCUGCGGUUCUUCACCUGAAGCACUUUCUGUGAAGUUGGUGAGCUGUGGAGUGGACGUCUGUUUGUUUUCCUCGUGUUUGGCUCAUUUAAUUCAGUCACAUCACACCUGCUCAGGUCACGACAUGGAUGACGACAAUGAGACGUUUUUAAAGGUGCAGACUGUCGAAAAAUAAUCCUCCUUAUGAAGCAGAGGAACCGGCAGAAGCUAAUGAGCUAAUAAGCUAACCAGCUAACGGCAGCUGACCCGUGCUGUAAUUCCAGCCGAUACCUGCAGACCUCUGCUUGCUACUGCCACCCAUCGUACAGAGGCAGCAUUGCAUCGGUCUGGCACGUUGUACCUUUAAAGGAGGAGGAGAGAUUUCAGCAUGUGUGAAGCUUGGAUUCAUCGAUCCGUCACUCACUUCAGGUUUCCCUGCCUGGACGUCAAUAUGAGCACUUCACCUUUAAGAUAAAGUUAGAAAAGUGUAUCCUCGCACAAUUUUUAUUCACUCCUGCUCUCAUGUUUUUUUUACCGUUUGUUAAACUGGAUGUUUGGUGGCAUUUCAUAAAACCAGGGAAGAAGACAGAGGAGGACCUUUUGUUGUUCACAGCUGCAGAUUUCAAGUAAUAAACGCAGAUGGGACUGUCACACCCUGGUCUCCUCUCAUCGUCUGUACUCGGCUUCUUUUGUAUUUUCUACAGCUUGUGCUGUUUUUAGACGCUCGUGUGUUUGUGUGACGGACCUGAAACUGCAGCUCGCUGCUUGAAAGCAACUUUGAUGCAGAGAAGUUAAGCAACCGUUCCCUUUAAGCUGGUUUACGGAGAACACUGAGCGAGCCGAACCUUCAUGUGCCUCCAGUGAAUCCACGUCCGUCUGUCUGUCUGUGUGUGUAGAUUUACAACAUAAAGAUAAUAAGCAUGUUUCACUGCUUCAGUGUGGCUCAAUAAACCCUGUCAAAUGGU